CGCAGAGAAAGCCACUGCUGUAGCAGGGGGCGUUCAGUGAAGCGCCUGUGACCUGUGUCUGGGGCGACACAGUUUUGGCCUCAUGGUCGACCUUCUACAUUGUCGACGAAUCUUCCCGCCUCCUCGCCCUCCACCGUCUGCCUCCAGUCGUGCCCACGCCAACUGCUUUGACGGGCUCUGCCUCCCUGCUGCGAGGAGGCGCACCGCGAAUUCUCGUUGCCCAUUUGUGCUGUCUUUGCCCGGCAGGCGGACAGGGGGGGCAGGUGAAGGUGGAAUUGGCGAGGGAUUGAGCGGGGCGCAUUUUCUGGCGACCCAAUGGCAGAGGAGGCGGUGGUGUGGAAGCUGUUUUAACACUGUGCUAGCCGUUGAUUUUGGAAGGAAAUCGUGUGAGGAGGAAUCGAGAGGGAGCGGCGACGACGGCGACGGCGAGAGCAGCGUUAACAUGGCGGGGCCGCCUCCAGAUGGAGGUCAUCAAGAGGGCAGAAAAGGUGGCGCGGGUGGAACCAAAAUGACGGACCAGGUAUCAAAAUGGUUGAUUCAGGGAGGUCUCGGCAAGUACUGUGAGCACUUUGCUGCCGCCGGAAUCGACGAACCAGCCUUCAAGACUCUGCUUAUGCAGGAUUAUUCGAGGUAUGGCGUUCAGGCGUUAGAAGACAAACAAAAGCUCUUUCGAUUGAUCAAGGCCGUGAAUGGCAGCGGCGAACUCACAGCGGAGAUGCCGGCAAGCCCGCCGAAUUUUCCGCCAUUGGUUCAUCAGAAUGGAUUUGACAGCUUUCUGUCUCCCGAAUUGAGGGGUGAUGUCUCGUCUGGCAUCUUGGAUCUGCAUGCCAUCGACGACAGUGGAGGUCUGCUGUCUGAGGAGCAUCUAAAUGAUCACGAACCCUUUUAUGUGUCGCCUGCUCUGGGAGCAUUCACCACCGCCAAUGAGGGUGGUGUAGACAAAGAGAGAGAGAGCGACGAUGACAGCUAUCCUGUAAAUAAUGCACCUCAACUUUCCAGGCUAUCACUCUCGACGGCCUCGCCCCGAAGAUCCAGCACACCACUUUUGGGAGAGAGGAACAGCGGUAAUAGUUCCAUGGCCAGGAUCAAAGUUGUGGUGCGAAAACGACCUAUUAAUAAAAAAGAGAUGGCUCGCAAAGAGGAGGACAUCGUUACCAUAGAAGGGGGAAACUGUUCAUUGACCGUCCAUGAGCCGAAGCUCAAGGUGGAUCUUACAGCUUAUGUGGAGAAACACGAGUUUGUGUUUGAUGCUGUGUUAAAUGAUGUUGUAACUAAUGAUGAGGUGUACAGAAUAACAGUGGAACCUAUUGUGCCAUGCAUUUUUGAAAGGACCAAAGCUACGUGCUUUGCGUAUGGACAAACGGGGAGUGGUAAGACAUAUACGAUGCAACCAUUGCCAAUCCGUGCUGUCGAAGACAUGUGUCAAAUCUUGAAGCAGCCACGUUACGACGGGUAUCUUCUAUGGCUGAGCUUUUUUGAGAUCUAUGGGGGCAAACUGUACGAUCUUCUGAAUGACAGGAAGAAGCUGUGCAUGCGCGAGGAUGGAAAACAGCAGGUCUGCAUUGUUGGGUUGAAGGAGUAUCACGUCUGUGAAGUGCCAAUUGUGAAGGAGUACAUUGAUAAGGGAAAUGCAGCUAGAAGCACAGGUUCCACUGGUGCCAACGAGGAGUCGUCUCGAUCACAUGCUAUCCUCCAGAUUGUGGUGAAGAAGCAUAAGGAUGGAAAGCCAAACUUACAAGGGAAGAUUGUUGGGAAGUUCUCAUUUAUCGAUCUUGCCGGAAGUGAACGUGGCGCAGAUACAACUGAUAAUGACCGGCAAACCAGAAUCGAAGGGGCAGAAAUCAACAAGAGCCUGUUGGCCUUGAAAGAGUGUAUCCGAGCUCUCGAUCAUGAUCAAGGACACAUUCCUUUCCGAGGUAGCAAGUUGACAGAGGUGCUGCGAGACUCCUUUAUGGGAGAUUCAAGGACAGUCAUGAUUGCAAACAUUUCUCCAAACACGGGGUCGUGCGAGCAUACUCUCAAUACUCUGCGAUAUGCGGACAGGGUGAAGGGUCUGUCGAGGAAUGCAAAUGCAAGGAGUGUUCCCCGGGAACAAUCCCAGCUGCCACCAGCUCCUCCAAGAGAUGUGAAGGAAACAACCACCAAGGACUCUAGGGAACAGAGGGAUGGAAAGGAAAUAAGAGAACAGAGAGAGACCAGAGACGGAAGAGUGGAACAAAGAGAGGCGAAAGAUGGCAGGGAUGUGAGAGAUGGCAGGGAGAUGAGGGAUGGCCGUGACCCUCCGGACAGAACGUUCCCUGUGCAGAUGGUCAGAGAACCAAUGUCUCUCGCCAGUGGAAAUGUGGAAGCAAGACUAGAGUUUGAGAGAGAACGAGAGCGCCAAGAGCGCUUUGAGCGUAAUGAGAAGCUAUAUGAUCGACCAAUUGACCGAGGUUCUUCAUUACUGGCCGAGAGGGAUGGUCAAAGCCACGCACUUGAGAAUGGCCCACCCAGGGUGAAUAACCUGCGCGAGACGAGUGGAAUUGAGGCACUGGGGAGGAGGAGGGAUGGAAAAGAUGAUGGGGGCGCGGGUAGCCGGUAUCGCAUGCCGCGAGAAGAUAGCGCGAGUCGGGGCAGUCACCGGGACACAGAGGGCUACUUGACCCGAAGGAAGGAUCUUAGGGAGGAGGGUGGCUUGCUGCGACCAGCACCACCCACAAGGUCUGGAGAGAAUGUGGUUGUUGAUGGCGAGCAAGCUGCAUUCAAGCGGAAGGAGUCGAGAGAUGACAGUUUGAUAUCUGCAAUCACGGGUGGGCUGAGAAGAGAAGCGCAAGAGAAUUUAGGAGGAAAUGGGCCAUCAUCAAGGGUCUCCUCGGUCGUUCGUGCAUUUGAGGGAAGCGGCUUGGGCACAGAUGGAAGUAGUUUCCGGGAUCGGGAAAAGGAAAAAGAGCGGGAUUCCGGAAGGGAUGGGCCUAUGGAAGCAUCACCAAGAAAAGGGGAGCCAAAGGAAGAGGCAAAGCCCGUGAGGAGGAGAAGUGCGCGGGAGGACCCAUCAGAAGGAGAAACAAGGACUGCAAGGAGAAUUUCCUUGGACAGGACUUCAGACAGUAAUAAGGCUUUGCUCAAUGCACACGAUGAGCUAAUGCAUGCUAUACUUGAGGAGGAGGAAGAAGUGGUCAGUGCGCAUCGCAAGCUGAUAGCAGAUACCAUGGAGAUUGUGCAUGAGGAAAUGAGGAUUUUGGCCGAGGUAGAUAAACCUGGAAGUGCAGUGGAGCAGUACGUGGUACAGCUGAACCAGAUUUUGACACAGAAAGCUUCAGCAAUUGCCGAUCUCCAGUCGCGACUGGCGACUUUUCAGCGCCACCUGAAGGAAGAGGCGAUCCUGAGCCGAACGGUUGGGCUACGCAGGCGUUAGGUUAUGUCAGGCUUUUCUGACUGGAUGUCCUAUGAACCUGAUGUUAAGGGGAGAGCUAGCUCUUCUUCGUAUGAUUGCCUUGGUGUGUCUAUUCCUGCCAUGUAUUAUUAGCACAUGCGUGCUGACGGAAUCCAAAAGUCUCAAGGCGGAGGAAUAUACAUCUUUGGCUCAUGUGAGUGGCUUCGCCAGAUGUGCCGGACUGCGAAGGUAUCGUACUGCGAGACAUGCUGUGUCUUUAUGCCGUGUUCCGUGACGUGGCCAUCGAACGCGGACAGAAUGCAGAUGCAAUGCAUUCGUUCGAUCUAGCUGAAUGGCCAGCAUGAUUAUCCCACCUGUGUCCUGUCCGCAUGCGCCGUUGAUGUGACAGCCGGCAUGAACUCUCGACGGUGAUGAUGGUUAUUAUCUCUGGAUGCUUAUUAUCCCGGAGAUUACGACAGCGGUGAUGCUGAUCACAGUGGCACUAGUAGUAGUGGACUGAAUGAUGGAAGUGGAAGCAGCAGCAAGCAUCCAACGAACAUACAGGUGCAUCAUUCAUGUUGAUAGAAACUGUGUGGAUCUUAUGGCUCAGUUGGAAAUUAUAUACAGCCCCCUCCAUUUGUGAAUGUGGUCAUGUUUCCAACUAGGUGCAGCUAUUUUGUCUGUGGAGUUUGGCCAGAACUGUGUCACCCGCUAGCACUUCUACAUGGUGUUUGGUGGUUUGUGUGAUGGCGGACCAUUAUUCGUUGCAUCUUCAAACGAGUGGAGGCUUCUUCCAAGUUUAGCGUUUUCCCACGACCACUCCAGAAAGGUGUUCAUUUUUCGCCAAUGGCCUGGCAGAAGUUGCAGAUAUCCUUUCAUGGUUAUAUAUACAUACAUAGAAUAUGGUGAGUUUGAACUUUGAAAUUGGCUUUGGGCUUCAGUUGGCUACUCAGAGGUUUGCGAAGUAGCGGAUACUAUUAGCGACCAUACUAUACCGUUUAACGGAAGUAGCGGUUGCUGGUAGUAGACGGAAAAUUUGGGCAAGCAGAGAUGUCUGGGGAGGGAAUGAGGUAGGAGAUGGAAGAGAAAUGAGGAAGGGGGAAGGGGGAAGGGGGAAGGAAGAAGGGCAGGAGGGAGGGCAUGAUGCUGAGUGGGAGGGAGGGAGGAAGGGAGGGAAUUGGUGGAUAUACCUCAGGAAUUGUGUUCGUAGAUGGACAGCCGGCGCUUUGAAGGUGCAUCGGGAUGGAGAAGUGAAAGGUGGAUGGAUCAGUUGCGCGAGGUGGAUCUUCCACACCAAAAACGUUGGGAAGAGUGCGGCGAGAGGAUAUGUUUCGUAGAUGUAAAGGCUUGGAACGAUGGGGGCUGGAUGGAAUGGGGUGGGUGAGGGCAGCUGCUGGUAGACCAAUGAAGGAGAAGCGUCAGAUGAAGGGGCACGCAUGCAUGUUCUAUGAGACAGUUUGGAUGAAGUAUAGAGGGAGCGAGGGAGGGGAGGAAGGGUGUUCUCAUUGUCGCUGACCUACAAAAAAGUUGCUCUAGCAUCAUACAACAGUGUAGCCAGGGCGUGAUUGUGUGUUGUGCUGAGAGCUAUGCCCGGCGAGGAAGCAGAAGUGUGCAGUGGCUUGCCUCUGUAAAAAUUUUCCUCUAUAUUUAUGUUUCUUUUGAGGAGGAGCUUUGUUCUCACUGCCCCUGCCUAACGUGGGGGGGAUCGGAGAUGGUCCUUUGCCUUCCAUCUCUCUGAGCAAGCUCCUUGUUCGUACAGCUGGAGAAGAGCUCAAGCUCAGAGGACUCUUCUCUUUGCAACUGCUAAUCAAAUGAUUCUUCUUCCCUUUCAAUCUCUUAUGAAGCUCACUGCUGAAAGCUCUGUAGUAAUGUUCAAAAAUCUAAGGAAAGAUACCGAGCAUGGUGCGCAAGAUGCCCAAUUUA